ACUGCACAGACGCCUUUCAAAGGAGGUGAAACCACUUCCAGGAACAGGCCGACCAAAACCGAAGCCCCGCUCUCCUCAGUGCAAAGCUCUGUAUGCCUACGAUGCUCAAGACACUGAUGAGCUCAGUUUCAAUGCUGAUGACGUCAUCGAGAUAUUAUCUGAAGAUUCGUCUGGUUGGUGGUUCGGGAGGCUGCGAGGUAAAGAAGGGAUGUUUCCUGGAAAUUAUGUUGAGAAGAUCUAGAUCUUUUUUCACGAAGGUCAGAAGUCCUUUACCCACACCUGAAGCUUGGAAGACAUCUAAUCUGAAAUGGCACACUGAAUACAAGUUAAUCAUGUGUUUCUAAACGUGUACAUUUCUGUCUGAGUGGCAGCUGUCAAUCAUCCUCUGAGAUCAGUUACAAGUCAUGCAGGUUGUAUUGGCUCUUGGUGCCAAAUGUUCUGGGCUGUCCUCUCUGAGCCACUCUAUUUUACAGUAAGAGUCAGUGUUUACAUGUGUGUUACCAUGGAGACCUAACAAUAAUAUGGUAAAGUUCUGACAGCACCCAAUUCCUGGUCCAGUCUUCAUAACACCCAUGAAAUAAAUUAAACCGAAUAAAAAUGGAGAUUAAAACAAUAAAAAAUAAAUGUAACAUUUUAUAUCUUUUUUGGAUCAAACAUGAAAUAAAACU